AUGCCUCCGACAGACCAACCGCGCCGCAGGAAGAAGGCGCCAAGCGAGGCUGAAUGGAAUCGUAUCAGACCAGAGUUCGAGCGCCUCUACCUUCGUAAACGCCUGACGUUAGCCCGCAUCUCGGCCAUCUUGGCCAAAGCUCAAGAUUUCCACGCGGCGUACGUAUACCCUGUAGGCCCCAAGACGUGCGCUGAUGGUCGCAGCCCUUACAUGUACAAACUCCGGAUCUCCAAAUGGGGUCUUAAGAAGAGCUUCAGACGCGAGGAGCUCGAGGCGGCCGCCUCAAUUCUGGGGCAUUUUGUCCGGGCCGGAUUGAAUCCUCCCACUGCGAUGAUUGACAACCGAAAAGUCCCAAUCGAACGAGCCAAACGCCAUUUCAGAGCUUCCUUCUGUUGCGAAGAUGAGCCGUCAUCAGGUGGAACGACGGUUGCUCCCGGGGAAUCGUCUCGCCGGGAUAGUGAUGCUGCUUGUGCGAAGCGAACAACACAGGCAAAGCUCGGUCUUCGGCGACGAUCACAGACCGUACCAAGGGUCCUUUUACAGCAAUCCGCAGAGUCCCAUCACCUCGAAUCAACCUUGGCCGCAGUCAACAACUAUUUCACCUGGAGGCUUAGUCAGACUGAUGAUUACUUCGUUGCUCAGAAGCAUGGCGCUGGUGAACAUAGUGAGGCCUCCGAGCUGCUUGAUCCAUAUGUACCCUUCUCGAACAUGGCAGAAGGAAUGAAUGCAGCCUUCGUUGGUACCUACCACCACGCUCAAUCGUUGUUGCGACGAUUCUGUGGGGAGACGCGUGUCCUGCUACUCCAACAACACCCUUUGCUUCUGGAGACUUUGGUAUACAGCUUUUUUUAUGCCUACAAUGGGGUUGCAGGUCGUUUUAUGUACAGUAUCAUCUCCUACCUAGCUGCAUUAGCUAGCAGACUAUUCGGACAUGACCAUCCAAUCUCGAUGACGUUGAAAUUGCUCAGAUGCUAUGAGGCACGGAGGAAAGGCACUGAAUUGGUAUCGAAGUUGUUGUACGAAAUCACCAAGAGACAAAAAGACCCUGGGGCCCAGAAGAUUUUCGAGCUCGAAUAUAAUAUGGCACAGGCCAGUGUCUUCAAUGACGAUUUCCACACUGCCGCAGAAAUCUGUCAAGCGCUGCUACAACGAUACAUGGACAGAUUCGACGAAAGGCACCGGUUCUGCAGGGGACUCAUGAUUUUGCAGGGAGAGCUACAUUGGAAGCACCGCGUAAACGAUGAGGCUAGGCAGAUUAUGCUCAAGGUCGUUGAACUGGAUGAUUCCUAUGUAUCGGAUGCUGGAAACGCAGAUGGUUUCAGCGCAAUUGCUAUGGGAUAUCUGGGCGAGUUAUGCGAGGAUAGUGAAGACUUGGCCGGUGCAGAAAGGUGGUAUAGUCAAGCUUAUGAGGUCUCUUGUGAUUUCUACGGCAGGGAACAUGUUGUCACGGAGAACAGUCUAUUCAAGUUGCAGAGAAUACAGCGAAGAUUGAACGAGACGGCUGAAGAGUUUGGCAAGGAUCAGAUUGACGAGACUGAGAUCUUUAAAGAACUUGAAAGGCAGAUCGAACGAUUGGACCUGGAGGAGUCUCCAGCUGAAGGAGAGUGUGAGGGUCGCGCUGCACCGUGGAAUGACUGGCAGGCAGACGUUCCGGACGCCAAUAAGAGCAGUCAUGCCAGCACAGACGGAAGUACCUACGAAGAAUACACCUCAGACACCGCUCUUGAGAGAGGCAACCAGCAGCUGGGUCUGCGAGCUGAAUCCGGAGAUGCCAGCAGCGACAUAUGCACCGAAGGAGCACGGGCCUGUGAUGCGAUCAAUAACACCAGCCAGGAGCAAGAGAAAGACCACGACCUGAUAUCACCACCCCAAUGUUUGCGAGACUCCAUGGGAGGAACAUUCUUGGACAUUUCUAACGAAGCAGAUGCCGCUUUCGAACCGUAUUCUUGCUCCGCCGCGGACCCGUACAUCGAUGCUGCAGCGGCGCUACUUACUACUCCAGAACUUCCAGUCAACGCUUCGGCGCACGCGUUCAUCGCAACUCAGUCCCAGACAUUUCCACAAGACGCGCAAGAUACCACGAUCGCCGACCUAUAUUUCAAUACCCUUCCACCCCUGGAGACUGGUCCCGAAUUCGACGAGUUUGACCACAUCAAGGCUAGCGACAUGGUCGAGUCGGACACGAUGAUCCUGGAUACAGAUGGAAACCUUGACAUCCUGAACCCCGGAUUCUUUGACUGCUCCAUCCUACAGGAUUGGUAUGCCCUGGACGGUCUCGACGCGGUGAACAGUCAAGAGCGCGACAUCAAUUGGGGAGAUCUAAUGCUUCUGGAAGAAGAGCAGGGCGGAAUGUAA